AUGAAACAGACGUCUCAAAAAUAUCCGUGAGCUAAAGCAUUUCUACAUUAAAUUUCUGUCAUUAAACCUCUAUUGAAGCCAGGAAAAGCACGAGUUUGUGAGUUUUCAUAAAUCACUAAAAUGAAAUAAAAUUUCUACCAUGCAAUAAGGAGAAUUUGAAUUUGGAGUGAAAUAAGCCCAUGAGACGAGAAAUUCGGCGACAGCCUUCAAUCAAAUUUCAAUUUCGAGUAAGAAGCCAAGACAAGUCAUCUGGGUUCUGAGAAACAACCGUGGAAAUCAUAAAUCAACCCAAACACGUGCGCAACACUCAAAAUAGAGGUCUAUCGGAAUUCAGAAGGUCAAGAAAGAAGCAGGGAAACUUGCGGAGAUUCUAAUAAGACCGGUUGUUGUUAUUCGAAAGGAACACGAGAGUUUCAUUUUACUCGAAAUCUGGAAAUCUGACGAAUUCGAUACUCCAAUUAAAAAUUCGAAUCUGAUUUUUUGGAAAAAAAAAAGUAAAACCUUCUGUGAUUGUAUAAUCCGUUUAGAAGUCUUCGCUCGGGUGUUUUAAACAGUAUGGAUUUAGUUUAUAAAGUUUUUUUUUUCAAGACUGAGAGCCAUGUUCACUUACGUCUUUCAAAAUUUUUUUGACUUGUGGGAUAUUUUAAAGACGAGAAAAUUGAAAAUCAAGACCUUAAUCGUUAGGCGGUCGAGCUGUUUGCAAAUCACAGAUUUUCAUGUUCACACGAUUCCAUAGUAUCGUAUUAGACAACUACAUUUCAUUUUACUUUUUGAAAAAGUUUCAGAGUCCAUGAACGAAAUUUUCAACGACGUAGUUAUCUUUUGUUAUAUUAAAAAUAAUGAAAACAGAGUGAAUUUUCAUAGAGAAGUUUAACCUUAUUAGUAGCGUAGUUGCGUUGCUGCAGCGAAGACAUUUUUUAGAGAGCGCUCCGAGAAUGCCAAGGACGAGGCGAAUGGAGGGAAAAUUUCAAAGUCGAGAAACAAAAACGUGUACUAGCCAUAGGAAUUCAGCGAUCGACAAAACAAAAAGAUGUUUCCCGCACUUAAAAUUCCAUUUCGUCAGGCCGUGCGAGGCAUCGAAUAUAGGAAAAAAGCAAUUUAAAAAAAAAUAAAAGUUUGAUAGGAAAAACUAACAAAUUUCUGAACUCAAAACUGAAAUAAAAUGUUGUUAUACAAUCACUAACCUUUGGAAAACAGCCAUCGGCGAAAAGUUAAACUGCUCCUCACAUAAUUCUGUGCAGAAACCAAUCAACUUCGACAUCAUAACUGAAAUAAUAAAAUUUUUAAAACUUGAUAAAUUCCAGAAAAUGAAAACGAUGACUUCCAAUGAAUAUUUGGAAAAAGCACGGAAAAAAGCCAAUAGAGUCGAAAUUCUGGCGGAAGAGUUGAAAAGACUGAUAAGAGACAACGAACACGACAAUCAACGGCUGGAAAGGCUCACACAGAGGUGACAUUCCUCAAAAAAUUAUGAAAAAUCCGAAGAAAUUUUUUUUUUCCAAGAAAACAAUCUAAAAAUAAAAAUAUAUGCCGCGUUCGAAGCUGAUUUGACUCGCGCAGCGAAAAAGUUUUUCUGUUACAAAAGCCGAAACGCGUCGAAACGCAGCAGGUGCACACGACGUGAUUGGUUAGCUCCGCCUUUUUGGCAAUUAUCCAAUAUUAAUUUAUUUUCAAAAUACUUUUCUUGUCAGCUGGCGGGCCCAACCAAUCACGUCGUGAGAAUCUGCUGCGUUUCGGCUCGUGCUUUUGAACCAGUAAAACUUUUUUGCUACGCGCGUCAAAUUAGCUUUGAACGCAGCAAUAAUGAAAGAUGAAAAAUGUAUUGAAAACAUGUCUUAAAAAAACAGGUAGGUGGAAGUUUUUUUAAGAAAAAAAUUUUAUAUACUUCUCUCAUUUAUUUCGCGGAGAUCUCUCUUUUUUUUGCCGUGUUCAAAGUAAUUUCCGCGAAAUGCGAAAUUGUCUCUGACCCUCCAAAAUUUAGUUAUCUUUCUCUUUCUCUGACGGCUAUUUUGAAUUUCGUGGAAUCACUUUGAACACGGCAUUAUAUACAAAAAAAAAGUCGUUAAAUAUGAUGCUUCUCGUGUGUGUGCCGCCGACGAAAAUUUGCAUACUGCCGUUCUUUUCAUGAGCUGCGCGCGCUGCGUUAAUUAAUUUUUUUUAAAGUUGAGUUGUAAAAAUCUUCUCACAGAAUUUUCUUGCAUGGAACACAUAUUAAAACAUCUGAUUACUCUUUUUAGUCAACAUAUACAAACAUAUCUACAAAAAAAUAAAUAAGAAGCCAAAAUUUUGUGAUUCAACAUUUUCAAUCAUUUCCCUAAACAUUAGAGUUCUCAAAACCAAACGUUCGAACGAACGUUCGACCAAACAUUUUUCGAACAAAUGUUGAAACCAAACUUUUGGUUAAAGUUUGAAAUGAACGUUUCGUUCAAAAAGUCAUUUUAUUAAAGUUUGCUUUUGAACGUUCAACCAAAAUGAACGUUCAUUUUUCAUUUUAAAAAAUUCGUUCAAGAAAUGAACGUUCAUUUUCCAUUUCAAAAAAGUUCGUUCGAAAAAUGAACGUUCAUUUUUUUCGUCCGUAAAAAGUUCGUUCAAAAAAACGAACGUUCAUUUUUCUUUUUAAAAAAGUUUGUUGAGAAAAAUGAACGUUCAUUUUUUUAUGUUAAAAAGCAAACGUUCAUUAUUAUAAGAAAACAAUUUUUCGAAUUUUUUUUGGUUGAACGUUUGAAAAUGAUCUAUCCUAAACUAUCGAAAAUGAAAAAGUUCCUUUUUUUAUAAACGGUCAUUUUUUGAACGUUCGGUUUCGAGAACUCUACUAUAGCUGAUUCACGGCUGGUUUGAGCCGUCGAAAAAAAGGUCCUGACACGAUAAGGGAAGAGACAGUGUCUGAUUUGUAGAGAGCGCAGACAGGCCACGCCCCUUUGUGUCCCAAGCCAGCGGUGAAUCGGCUAUAACAUAUAUUUAGUGUCGCUCCCAAAGCUUAUUUGAUGCGCGCGGCGAAUUCCAAAGCUCUGACACAGGUCGCCCCACGAUUUUAGGCAAUCGCCUCGAUACGCAUAAUCAGAAAGAAAAUGUAGGAAAUGAAAGAAAAUGGAUGAAAAAAGAUGGAAAAAAUUAACGAAACGAAAAUAAAAUGUCAUGUACAAAAUAAUGGGCAGGAGGGGGUUUAUAAAUAUUUCUUUCAAUCAUAAGGCCUCAGAAAGCCUCAAAAAAAGUUCUCUGAUUUUCAUAAUUGAAGAAAAAAUUGAAAAAAACGCGGGUAUUUCGAUAUAUUAAUUAGCAAUAAGAGAAAAGUUGCAGGAAAAAAACAUUGGAAGAAAAUCUGGAGCGUAUGAGUGAUAUGGCAAAGCAUUCUUCACUCGCUGAGAAUAACAAAAAGUUGCUCGCAUACAUCGAAAAUCCAAUGGUUUAUAAAUUUCUCAUAUGUUUUUCUGUUAUCGAUUUCCGAUAGGAUUUCGACGUGAUAGGCGCUGAGAAGUACCAAAGCAAAAUGAGCGAGCUCAGAAUCCUGAUCAACGAGAUUAUUGUUUUCACAAGUCUGAACGAAAGAGCGAUGGUGACGGUUGGUGGAAUGAGAGGACAAAACCAACCGAAGAGUUGUCAGGAGAUGGGACAUCAGGAAGCCGAGUUCUGCGCGAGACUUUGCGACGCGAUCAAGGCACGCAAGCUUCUAGCAACAGCUUCUUUGGAAGCGCAGCAAACCGUCGAGGAUUUGAUGAAACGACGCGCCGACCUGUGGGAGGUACCUUCACUUUUUGUUUGGCGUUUGAAGUCAUUCAAAAUGAAUGAACUGCAGGCCGUUUCUCAACUAGAAAGUCAGGUGGAGUUCUACGAAAGUGAAACAUGGCUCUGCAAGACGGAAAAUCGGAGGUAAAUCCGUAAAAGAUUCAACUUCGUAAUGUUUUUAGACUGAGCGACGCGAUAAACAAAAAAACACGAGAGCCCAAAGUUUUUGACUGUGAGCAAAAGCAUUUGGCUGAAAAACGCAAGGAGCCGCCUCAUCAGCCCAAAGAUUUCGAGCAAAUCUUAAAGCCGGCCAAAACUCAAACUGGAAGUCAGAAGUCGUCGACAAGCAGAAGCCGCACGUCAUCGAGUUUGCUCUCGCUUCUGGACAACAAAAGUUCAAUUCCUCAUUCUUCUCUUCUUUCUUACAGCGAACAGUGCUCUGUAAGUCUUUUCCGAACAGUUCCAAAAAAAUUUGAGCUAUACAGACAUCGUGUCAGACAGAGGUUCUUUCGAUGGACAGCCUGAGUCAGUUUUCAUCUUAUUUGCGAAGCUAUGAACAAAGUUGCAGAGAAAGUCGCGGCCCGAAGCACCUGUCCUAUGCAUGGGAACAAGGCUUCGUCACAACCUUCAACUGUACCCUUUGACUUGAUGGCCAUUGUUCGAAAGGCUCUCGGAGAAGAGUUUCAAGCGUCUUUGUAA